UACCUUCUCGUUCCUCAGAGACCAGGAAAACAGAACCACAACGCCUGGGUUUUCUCUGGGAACAAGCUCUUUAUUUCUUUUACUAUCACUAUCUCCUUUAUCUCUUCUUUCGGAUCCCUUUGUUCGUUCUUUCUUUUUAGAUUUCUAGGGGUGAAUCUGAAGAAGAGGGCAUUUCCAAUCUCCUCGUGCCUUUUAUUUCUGUUUCUCUGUUAUUAUGUGCUUUGAUUUUUCGUGGAUUCGUUCAAUGCAACAUCUAGAAUACUGCCGUUUGUGACUUCCAUUUGAGUUUUUUUGAGAAAAAAAGAGGAAAAGGACGAUGAAUUGCUUUCAAUGUUGUAUGUCAGAGGAGAAAGUCAAAAGGAAAUCUUCCAAAAAGAGCGUUAAGGAGCAUCAGGAGCCAAAAGCUCUAUCCUCAUUUGCCAACAUUUCCUUUAAAUCUGAUAACAGUCGGCGAAGGUACAUAACUGAGGAGAUAAAGAAGUUAGGAAAAGGAAACAUCUCUGCUCAAGUUUUUUCAUUCGGUGAGCUAUCUACUGCUACGAAUAACUUCAGCCAAGACAAUCUAUUGGGGGAAGGUGGUUUUGGAAGGGUUUACAAGGGCAUCCUUGAAGGCACAAACCAAGUAACGGCCGUGAAGCAGCUUGACCGAAAUGGAUUUCAAGGAAACAGAGAAUUCCUUGUAGAGGUUUUGAUGUUGAGCCUUCUUCACCAUCCUAACCUUGUGAAUUUGGUUGGGUAUUGUGCUGAUGGAGAUCAGAGGAUUUUGGUUUACGAGUGCAUGGCUAACGGUUCCUUGGAGGAUCAUCUUCUUGAUAUACCGCCAGAUAAGCAGUGUCUGGACUGGAAGACGAGGAUGAAAAUUGCCGAAGGAGCGGCAAAAGGACUUGAAUACUUGCAUGAAACCGCCAGUCCGCCCGUGAUAUACCGUGAUUUCAAAGCUUCAAACAUAUUGUUGGAUGAGGAAUUCAAUUCAAAGCUCUCUGAUUUUGGUCUUGCAAAGUUGGGUCCUACUGGGGAUAAAUCUCAUGUUUCCACUAGGGUGAUGGGAACCUAUGGUUACUGUGCUCCUGAAUAUGCGCUUACGGGACAAUUGACAACAAAAUCAGAUGUCUACAGCUUCGGUGUCGUGUUUCUGGAGAUUAUAACUGGAAGACGGGUUAUAGACAACGCUAGACCAACAGCAGAACAAAAUUUAAUUACUUGGGCACAACCACUAUUCAAAGACAGAAGGAAAUUUACCCUAAUGGCAGAUCCAAAGCUAGAAGGAAAUUACUCAGUGAAGGCUCUGUAUCAAGCUCUAGCAGUAGCAGCCAUGUGUUUACAAGAGGAAGCGGGUACUAGACCAUUGAUCAGCGACGUGGUUACAGCAAUUGAAUUCUUAGCUGCAGACAAGGACAUCGAUGACGAUUCAAAUUUGGGACCAUAUUCAGGUUCAGGAGAAGGUUCUCCGGAUAGAAGUAGGAACGAUGGAGAUAAAAUUGUAGGAGGGUGAUGGUGAUGGUGAUGGUGAUGAUGGGAGGUGAUUUAAAAUGGAACAUUUUAAGAGGAAAAAAAAGAGAAGAUGUUGUUGGAGGUCUGGCAAUUUUAACUGGGGCAGCUUGGCGCUUGGCCCCUCAUUUCCUUCUUUGUAAUAUUUUCCAAUAUGACAGCCAUUUUAAGGAUACUGGACCAAUGUGCCAAACGGAAUUACAACUUUCAUCCUCUUUUUUU